AUGGACUUCAAAUCAUCAUCUGAUCUCCAAAUCUUCCUACUUCUUCUUCUUGCCUCCAUAGCUUUUCCUUUUAUUUGGGCACGUGAUCUUCAUGAUAUCAAAAAAUCCCAACUUCUAUUUCCUCAACAUCUUCUAGGAAGUAGUAAAGGUCACAACAUAGAAGGAAUCCAUACCAUCAAAAUGCACCUCCAACGUUAUGGUUACUUAAGCAAAAACUAUAACAUUAUCGAUACGAACGGUGCUUAUAAUAACGCCUUCGACGACCACCUAGAAUCCGCCAUAAAAAAAUAUCAAAUGUUCUUCAAGCUUCCCAAGAGUGGAGUCUUAGACAUGGAGACAUUACACCAAAUGUCACAAGCACGAUGUUCGGUUCCCGACAUAUUCGAGAACAACGAGAACGAGACGAGCGUGACAACAAGUAAUCUCCAUAUAGGAAGUAAGUACACAUUUUUUCCAGGGAGAGUGAAAUGGCCAGAUUCUCUUAAUUACCGACUAACAUACGCACUCGUUAACAAUUUCCCGGAAGAGUUUAAGGAGUCGGUGAGAACGGCAUUUGAGAUAUGGUACGGACGCAGUCGCUUCAAUUUCACAGAAGUCAGUGAGAACGAAGGGGGGAAUAUAAGAAUAAGCUUCGAGAGAGGAGUCCAUGGCGAUUAUCAUCCUUUCACUAAGAAUUCAAAAACUUUGGCACAUACGUUUGCACCAAUCGAUGGGAGAUUUCACUUCAAUGCUGAUAAACCUUUUUCAGUUGAUGUUACAUAUAAUGCGUAUCAUUUGAGGACUGUGGCAUUGCAUGAGCUUGGACAUGCAUUUGGGUUGGCUCAUAGCCCAAGUGAAGAUGCCAUUAUGUUUCCCACUAUACCUACUAAUCUUGAAAAGGAUUUAGAUAUGGAUGAUAUUGAAGGAUUGUGGGAAUUAUAUGAUGGAUUUGGUGUUGCUUAA